CGGAGCGGUCGGUGCGGGCACACGUGGGCCGGGCGGCGGGACCGGGCUGGGGGACAGCGCCCGAACCGAGGGGACAUUGCGGGGCCGGGGGACAGCACCCGAACCGGGGGCACAACGCGGAGCCGGGGGAACAGCGUCGGAGGGGGUAGGACAGCGUCGGAGCGGGCAGUACCGCGCCCACGGCCCGCGCGGCCCCGCUGUGCCCGCCGUCACACGGAGGAACUCGGGAUCCUGCUGGCUGUAAACAAGUGCUGAACCAGUAAAAUGGAGGAAAAAGAGAAGAAGAAGCAUCGUGCGAAGCAAAGCGGGCCGAAGGCAGAGAAGAAAAGGAAGCGUUAUCUCAAUGAGCUGGGAAUAGGCGAUGAGGAGAAUGCACGGAAGAGAAACCCCAAGGCCUUCACGGUGCAGUCCGCCGUGCGGAUGGCCAGGACUUUCCAUCGAACUCAGGAUCUGAAGACUAAAAAGCAUCACAUUCCCGUGGUUGACCGGACUCCUUUGGAGCCACCUCCCGUGGUGGUGGUUGUGGUUGGCCCUCCCAAGGUUGGGAAGAGCACUGUGAUAAAAUGUCUCAUUAAGAACUUCACCAGGCAAAAGCUGGUUGAAAUUCGAGGUCCUGUUACAAUUGUUUCAGGUAAAAAGCGCCGGCUGACCAUUAUUGAAUGUGGGUGUGACAUUAACACAAUGAUUGACCUGGCUAAAGUUGCUGAUUUGGUUCUCAUGCUCAUUGAUGCCAGCUUUGGAUUUGAGAUGGAGACAUUUGAAUUCCUGAACAUUUGCCAGGUACAUGGCUUUCCCAAAAUUAUGGGUGUUCUGACCCAUUUGGACACAUUCAAGAACAACAAACAAUUAAAGAAGACUAAAAAGAAGUUAAAGCACAGAUUCUGGACUGAAGUGUAUCCGGGUGCCAAGUUGUUUUAUUUGUCUGGGAUGGUUCAUGGAGAAUAUCAAAAGCAGGAAAUUCACAAUUUGGGACGUUUUAUCUCGGUUAUGAAAUUCCGGCCUCUCACUUGGCAAACGUCUCACCCGUAUGUUCUUGCAGACAGAAUGGAAGAGCUGACAAACCCAGAGGAUGUUCGAAUCAAUCCCAAAUGUGACAGGAAGAUAUCCCUGUAUGGAUACCUGAGAGGAGCACACCUGAAAAACAAAAGUCAAAUUCAUAUGCCAGGUGUUGGGGACUUCACAGUGAGUGAUGUGAGUUUCCUGCCAGACCCCUGUGCUCUCCCUGAGCAGCAGAAGAAACGUUCCUUAAAUGAGAAGGAGAAGCUGGUCUAUGCCCCUCUCUCAGGAGUUGGGGGUAUUGUGUAUGACAAAGAUGCUGUUUACAUUGACCUUGGUGGAAGCCAUGCUCAUGAAAAAGAAGAGGAGGAAGUGAGGCCAAAUCAGGAACUUGUUCAGAGCCUCAUCUCCACACACUCAGCCAUUGAUGUUAAGAUGGCAUCAAGCAAGGUCUCUCUCUUCAUGGACUCUGCACCCUUGGGUUCAGAAGAUGUAGGACAAGAGUUUGUGAUGCCAAAAGAAGAGAGGCAGGUGGAUUUGAAGACUGGAAGAGUCCGUCGGAAAGCCGUGUUUGAAGACGACGAGAAGGAAAAUGAUGAUGUAGCAAGUGAUGAGGAAGAUGACCAAGAAGAAGAAGAAGAAGAAGCAGUGUCUGAAGAUGGAAGUGAUGGUGAUGAUGAAAAUGAUGCUGAGGAAGAAAGUGAGAGAGUGCUCUUGAGGGAAGGGAUGGCUGUUAGGAGAGCCAAGCGUCUGAAAACAGAGGUGCCUCAGGAAGAAGCUGUGAAUGAGCUACCAGCAUUUGCUGACAGUGAUGAUGAUCUGGAGCUGAGCUCUGAAGAAGAAGGAGAAACUGCCCCUGAAGACAGUGAGAUGGAGGAAGAUGAGGAGGAGGAAGAGGAGGAGGGGGAUGUACAAAGGACUUGCGAAGAUGAAAGCUCAGGUAGUGAAAUCGAGGCUGCAAAUAAGAGAGCUGAAUCUAAGCAGUGUGAUAUGGAUAGUGAACAUACAGAAACAAAACCACAAAUCUCAGAGCACAGCCCCAAAAGAAAAGCAGUGCUCACUACAGAUUCAGGAAACUGCACUGCAGAAGAGGCAUCAGAAUCUGAGGAUGAGAACUCUUCCCUUGAAGAGGGUGAUGAUGAGGGAGAAUCACAUGAGGAAUUAGAAGCUGAAGAGUCAAAUAGGAAUGGAUUUCAGGACAGUAAAGCAAAGAAAGCUGAUAGUGUUAAACACACCAAAGUUAAAACUGUGGAUACUGAGGAUGAUGAUGUGGAGAACCUGCUGAGAGAGGAAGAGGAGUAUGAAGAAAAAAUAGAUCUUUCUGCUGACACAACAGGUGCACUUAAAUGGAAAGAGGACCUCACACAGAAGGCAGCUGAGGCCUUUCUAAGACAGCAGCGAUCAACCCCCAAUCUUCGGAAACUUGUAUAUGGAACAGCUGUGGAGGAUGAGGACCAGGAGAGUGAGGAUGCAGAUGAUGAACUCGGAGGUUUGUUUCGUGUCAGCCGUCCAGACAAGGCAUCCAAACAGAAGGCCAAUGCUCUUGACUGCUCCAAAUUCCUGGUAGAAAAGCCACAAGAUUGGGAUUUAGAAGAGGUUAUGAGCAGUAUUCGAGACUGCUUUGUUACUGGAAAGUGGGAGGAUGAUAAAGAUGCAGCAAAGCUGUUGGAGGAAGAUGAAGAGCUGUAUGGAGAUUUUGAAGAUCUGGAAACUGGGGUUGUGCACAAAGGAAAAGCUGCUGCUGGAGGAGAGCAGUCUGGAAGUGAAGAAGAGGAGGAGGAAGAUGAAAAAAUGUCUAAACCAGAACCUGAGGAGGAGGAAAAGAAAAAGGAGCGCAUGGACAAGAAAAGAAAACUUAAAGAAAUGUUUGAUGCAGAAUAUGAUGAAGGGGAUGCCACAUACUUUGAUGAUCUUAAAGAAGAAAUGCAUAAACAAGCACAGCUGAACCGAGCGGAAUUUGAAGAUCAGGAUGAUGAGACCAGAGUGCAGUAUGAGGGAUUCAGGCCUGGCAUGUAUGUUCGAAUAGAGAUUGAGAAUGUGCCCUGUGAAUUUGUCCUGAACUUUGAUCCUCAUUAUCCCAUCAUCCUGGGUGGUCUGGGCAACAGCGAGGGAAAUGUCGGCUAUGUACAGCUGCGCCUGAAGAAGCACCGGUGGUACAAGAAGAUCCUGAAGACGCGCGAUCCCCUGAUCCUGUCGCUGGGCUGGAGGCGCUUCCAGACCAUCCCCAUGUUCUACAUCGAGGACCACAACGGGCGGCACCGCCUGCUCAAGUACACCCCCCAGCACAUGCACUGUGGGGCAGCCUUCUGGGGGCCCAUCACUCCUCAGGGGACAGGAUUUUUGGCAGUGCAGUCUGUCAGUGGCACAACGCCUGACUUCCGGAUUGCUGCCACAGGAGUUGUGCUUGAUUUAGAUAAAUCCAUCACUAUUGUAAAGAAAUUAAAGCUAACUGGUUUUCCAUUCAAAAUUUUCAAGAACACUUGUUUUAUUAAGGGCAUGUUUAACUCUCAGUUGGAAGUGGCCAAGUUUGAAGGUGCAGCGAUCCGCAGUGUGAGUGGCAUCCGAGGCCAGAUCAAAAAGGCCCUCAGAGCUCCUGUGGGUGCUUUCAGAGCAACAUUUGAAGACAAGCUGCUGAUGAGUGAUAUUGUUUUUGUGAGGACUUGGUAUCCUGUUUCUAUCCCAAUGUUUUAUAACCCUGUCACAUCCCUGCUGAAGCCAGCAGGUGAGAAAGAUAGUUGGAGUGGAAUGAAAACAACAGGCCAGCUGAGGUAUGAGCGAGGCAUCAAACUGAAACAAAACAAGGAUUCUCUCUAUAAGCCUAUUGUGAGGGAGAAGAGGCACUUCAAUAAGCUCCACAUCCCUAAAGCACUGCAGAAGGCACUGCCUUUUAAGAACAAGCCUAAGAAUCUUGAGAAGAAAGGCAAGACUCCAAAAGACCAGUGGAGACCAGCUGUUAUCAGGGAGCCUCAUGAAAAGAAGAUAUCAGCUCUACUCAGUGCUUUGAGUACAGUGAACAAUUACAAGAUAAAGAAAGCCAAAGUAAAGCAUCGGGAACAGCUUAAAGAAUAUCUCAAAGUUAAGCAGAAGGAGGAUGAACAGAAAUUCAAGAGGCAAAAGGAGGCUAAGAAAAAAGUCUAUCGCAUACUGGGACAAAGGGAGAAAAAGAGGCAGAAGUCAAGCUUGAAAGGAUCUAGUAAGGGAGAGAAGAGUAUGUAAAAUAUCAUCAGAUUUCAGGCCAAAUGAGGAAAUAGGGUAGCUGUGCAAUUUUCUCUUGAAGAAACAAAAAGGCCUUGGACUACACCAAAUGUGCUUUCAAGAGAAGAAAGAAAUGCAAAUAUGACCUUACUCACACUCUUGAAUACAUUUGGUAUUGUAUAUAAAUAAGAUGUAGAAGUAUGAAUUGUGGUUUUUAUACAGGAAUAUUCUGGAAGACUUCAUAUUUCAGUAUAUUUCUAUGCAUACUGCAUAUUUCUGCAUUUUCUAGCCAAUAAAGUAUUUUAAUCAAUUACAGAA